ACGACGACUUCCGCUGUCAGUGUUGAAGGCAAACGCGAGGCCGCCUUUGUCAAGACAUGCGCGUUAGAGGCUUUAAUCGAAGCGUUACAACAACCACCACCGUUCCGUGUUGAUUACUACUACUGCUACUACCCAUAUAAGAUAGUCAAUCGUGUUAAGUGUAAGUCGCUGCCCACCAACAACCCACGUUGUACCGAGGCGUUCGCGGCUGAUCGGCGUGGCCGAGUGGGGUCGAGCCCGUGGAUUGAUCCAGAAGUUUUGGGAAGGCACCCACGGUCCCAACUCGCCUUCUUUGUAUCUCCCCACCCUCCCCAUCAUCAUCCUCCUAUCAUUCAUCUCGCCCGCGUGUCUCUUGUUAAUGAAUCGGAUAUCGCCGUAUACACUCCACGUUUACAACACGGGAGCCGUGCUCGUAACGAAAGACCGGCCCUAAUACGCCCGAACAAAGAAGCAAUAAUACGUGUAACUGUUACGGGAACAAGCCAUUUGGUGGUCGUGGUAAGAAGCCGGUGGGGGGGGGAACGGGAGAAGCAGCAGGAGGAUUAAACAGCAGACUCGGCACUGGUGGUGGUGACAGAAACGAGCAGCUUGAAGGGCAUCUUCACAACACGUCUCGACCGAAGCAUCAAGAAACCGGCGGCAUCAUCGGCAAGAGAGAGAGGGGGGGGGGAAUCAGGAAGGCCAUAUAAAGUCACGGCAACUGCAUGAGCAAAAGGCGGAGGCAGAGGCCGGCUGUAUAAGAAGAAGCAGCAGCAGCAGGAGGAGGAACAAACAACCGACGACCAAGCAAGCCCUACUACUAUCAAGAGCUGUAGUUAACAGAGCAAGGAGCGAGAAGGCCAUUAAGUGCCAAUAGCAGUUGUGGGUCUUCAUCGUCAAGAAGAACCACCACUAACAACAACACCAUCAGCACCACCAACAACAACGCCACCAACAACGCCACCAACACCUCCACCAACAACACCACAAACACCACCAACAACAACACCACCACCAACAACACCACCACCAACAACAACACCACCAACAACACCACCAACAACAACACCACCAACAACACCACCACCAACACCACCACUAAGAACAACAACACCACCAACAACACCACCACCAACAACAACACCACCAACAACACCACCAACAACAACACCACCAACAACACCACCACCAACACCACCACUAAGAACAACAACACCACCAACAACACCACCACCAACAACACCACCACCAUGUACCCGCUGAAGAAGUACUUCACAGAGGGCCUCAUCCAGCUCACCAUCAUGCUCAGCUUGUUACGCAUGGACCCGGACACCUACCUGAUGGGUGGCCCUGGCCAACAACAACACCACCACCAUCAGCACCACAACCACCUUCACGACCUGCUGCUUGUGCAGGACCCAGCUCACACCCGACCCGGCUGGGACACGACACCCGGCGGCUUCCAGGGCCCUGGCCUGGGUCUGGGUGGUCCUGCUCCGGCCUUGCUCCUCCACCCCAAGAAUCCAGACGCCGCCUUCCUCGACGGCUUCUGGGACAUGCGACGUCUCCUCGAUGAGGUUCGAUCCCUCGAUCGGAUUCGUGCCGGCACCACGGACAUCGCCGCGUGGCUCGUGCACAGCCACGGCGGCGGCGGAGCCUCGGCCUCCUCUUCCUCCUCCUCUUCGGCGUCUGCGGCGGGCGGUGAGACGGAAGACGGUGGUGGUGGUGGUGAUGUAGAGGUGGUGGGACAGGGCCAGCCUGGUGGAGGUGGUGGUGGUGGAGGUGGUGUGGUGGUGGUGGUGGAGACACGGACUGCUGCUGGGCAGGAGGAGGCUCGUGCGUUGGAGGAGAGGCCCUUGGCUGCUGGUGCCGAGGCUAUGACGGUGGGAGGCAGCGAACUGACUAAAGAGGACCUGGAUCUCAUCGAGGUGCUGUGGCGUCAAGAUGUGGACUUGGGCGCGGAGCGCGUUGCCUUCGACUCGCUACAUCGCCAGCGGCAGGCCAAGGAGGAGCGGUUCCCAGGAGCCGGUGGCGGUGUUGAUGGGACGAACGCGGAGGCGGUAGACGGGGAGACGGGCGAGGCUCUGGAGGGGGGAACGUCUGAUGAGCGGCUCGUGCGGCCCGCGACUUUGCCGAGCGAAACGUUUAGUCUGGACGAGUGCCUGCAGUUGCUGGAAGCGAACUUUCCCUUCGGCGAGGGGAGCGAGCAGGUUGCCGUGCCACCGCAGCAGCAGCCGCCGCGUGUUGGCCUGGCCCUGCCGACGAUGACAGCGGCGGGGGUGGCCGAUCGGGCCGCCCCUCCUCGCUCGACCGCGCUGGACCGGCACUUGCAGGAGCUGCUCUCCCUGCCCGAGUUUGAGGCGCUGGCGGCCACCAACGACAGCUUCCCCGACGCCUACGACUCGGCGCUGCUGCCGGAGCUCGCCGGCGACGCCGGGCGGGGCUCGCUGCUCCUCUCGUCGCUCAACGCCUCCUCGUGCCCCAUCACCCGCGACGUCAGCCUGCACGACGCCGCCGCCACCGCGGGGGCGGCCGCUCGCGACGAAGCGGCCCUCCUCGCCGCCGCCGCGGCGAGGAGGGCCGCGUCGUCGCGAGCGGCCCCCGUGGCCCGCGGGCCCUUCUCGUCGCCGCCGUCGUCGCCGUCGUCGCCGCCGUCGUCGUCGUUCUUCUUCAGCAGCGGCUUCGAGGCGCUCGACCCGUGCCACUCGCGCAACUUCUUCCGGCUCGACUCGUCCGACGGCGCCGACGUCAUGGACAUGGAGCUGGGAGCGCCGCUGGGAGCGCCGCUCGCCCCGCGCCUCUCCUCCGACCUGUCAGACGAGGCGCUCACGGGGCUCCUGGACCCGGCCUUCCUCGACGAGCUCAGCCUCAUGGAUCUCACGGACGAGGAGGGCAUGGACAUCGUCGGCCCCGCCGCCCCCCCCGCGGCCGGCGGUUGCUCUUUUUCCUCCUCUUCCCCAUCGUCAUCGUCAUCAUCCUCCUCUUCCGCCUUCUCUUCCUCCUCUUCCUCCCCGACUGGAGGGGUCGUCGCCGUCCCGACGCCACCCCGUUCCGACUCUCUGCUCUCGGCGUGCGACGGGAUCUCCGGCUUCUUCGGCGUCCCCACGAUGACCAGAGAGCAGAGUGGUGCCAAUGCUGGGCAGCAGCUGCAGCAGCAGCAGCAGGGCGAAGCAGGGGAGAUGCUCGGAGCGACUCGGCGCACAAGCCUCUGCGCUGAGCUUGACUCCGACUCGGGCCUCUCUCUCGGCUCGAGUCCCCGUGCCUCGUCACCCGGUUCGUCCAUCACGGCCGGUGACGAGGAGGAGGACGAGGAGGAGGAGGGGGCGGUGGGCUACAGCGACGGGGAGACGAUGGAUGUGGACUCGUCCUCGGACGACGAAGACGACGACGACGACGAGGAAGAGGAAGAAGAGGAGGGCGCCGUCGGGGGCUACCAGCCCGAGUACCGCAAGUUCUGCCGCAUGGACUUCCGCAACCCGGACAGCUUCCGCUCGAUGCCCUCGCUCGACCACGUGCAGCACAACCACACGUACAACCUGCAGGCCGGCGUCACGCCGGCGCAGCAGAAGCAGCAGCAGCAGCAGCAGGGCAAGCUGUCGUCCGCACCGUCGCCGGCUUCCGCGUCGAGCAAGGACCGUCCGUCGACGCGCCUGUCCCGCGACGAGCGCCGCGCGCGCGCCAUGAAGAUCCCCUUCUCCACGGAGAAGAUCAUCAACCUGCCCGUGGAGGACUUCAACGCGCUGCUCGGCGGCCACCGGCUCUCCGAGCCGCAGCUGGCGCUCGUGCGCGACAUCCGCCGGCGCGGCAAGAACAAGGUGGCGGCGCAGAACUGCCGCAAGCGCAAGCUGGACACCCUGCUGACGCUGGAGGGCGAGCUGGCCGCGCUGAGGCGGCGCAAGGACGAGCUGCUGCGCGAGAAGCUGGAGAGCGGGCGGGCGCUGCGGGGGCUGCGCCUCAAACUCGGGGAGCUGCACGCCGAGGUGCUGGCUUCGCUGCGCGACGGCCGAGGCGCCGGCCGGAGGCCGCUGAGGCCGGCGGAGCUGCUGCUGCUGCAGCGCGUGAGCGAGGCGGGGGCGGCCGGGGCGGCCGGUGACGACGGCGGCGCGGCGGAGGCCGCGGGCGCGACGGCGGUGGCGUCGCGCGACCGGGCCGCGUCGGCGCAGAGGCGCGCAGGCGGCGGCAAGAAGGGCAAGAAACAGGAGAAGAAGGAGUAGGCUGGGGAGGGAGUGAGAGCGGUCGGGUGGCAGAGAGAGGCCGAUUUCAUACAAUAAGCUGAACGGCAUUGUGGGUGUGUAGAGCCGCAAUACCCCACCCCUCCUCCCCGCGCGUGCCGCGACAGGGCUCGUGCGCGUGUAUGUACAUACAUAUAUGCCUUCAUCCAGCAGCGGAUUGAUCACGGCUCACGGCGAUGACGCUUCAUAUAUGCACGGCGGUCCCGCUUCGGGCGGAAGUGUGACUGCUAUACGAGAUAUCGCAGCUGUAUCAGCGCCACGGCAACUGUGCGGUUACUCCCGGUUUUGCCCUCGUUAGGGAUCAUCAGUACAGCGUAGCCCUGCUUUUACCCUGCUGCCACGAUUGUGCCUAGGGGCCAUCGUCAUAGAGAAGGGGGGGGGCCCUUAUCCUGACAAACUGCGAGGGUGUGGAGGGGGCUGUGUACAAUAUGGGACUGGCGCAGUGCGGGGGAAGGGGUGGGCUUGGUGAACAUGGCUCUGGGAAUCCCCCCCCCCCUCCCAUUGAGUGGGAUGCAUGCGAAGGCGGAAACACCAAAAAUGCGAGAGAGCGGGCAAGGAGAGACGCGUUGCGACGGCCCCGUUGCGCCCGCCCCGUUGCACGUGUCGCUUGCAGCUCUGACGCGGGGGGGGUGGCGGGGGGGGGGAGUUCCCUGAUGGGCGGGAAGGGGACUGUUUGGCUUCGUCCUACGUUCGGGCAAGCGCAGAGAAGGCCGGCGUCAUGCCGUCGCGUCGCGCUCCGCUUUGGCACAUUGAUGAGCGAGUGGGGAGAAAGAGCGACCCGGCUGUGAGUGAGGACGUCUUGGCUGUGCGAGAAAGGGGGAUGCGUGUCCGUGUCGUUGAACGUUCGAGUGUCUUUCAUUGUGAGUGUGUGUGCGCGCCUGCGUGAGUGUGCACCUGUGUGUGUGUGUUGUGCCUGUGCGGUAGUGCAAUGGUUAGCGCUACGCUGCGCUAAAAACCCGGCGACCAGAGUUCCACUCACGGCCAACACCAGUGACGAUUAUCUGAAUCGGUCCUGGGGCCUCCCCUAGGUCGACUCAGCCUCAAGUGAGUACCUGAUGCGAUGUGUAAACAUUGCCACUGGGGAGACAAAGGUGGCCGGGCGUGGUGCUGGCCACCAACCACCUCGUGUAACGUGCCAGCCUUCAUAGGUGCUCGCUAAACAGCACUUGUCCCAAAAGUCUGUUAAGGCUACACGGAAGAUUUUUGUCUUGUCUGACGAGCAUGCAUGAGUUUGUCUUCAUAGGGGGAGCGGUGGCGUAGUGGUUAGUACACUGCGCUAACCAACCUAGGCCCCACCCGAGUUCGAUUCCAGGCCACAGCAAUCACCUGUGCCGAUGUUGAAAACAAACGGCAGUCCAGGCGUGGUGCUGGCCACCCAACCCCUUCGUACGCCAUGCCGGCCUUGAUAUGUGCUCGCUUGACAGCGCUUUCCCCAACGGCUAAUGUAAUGUUACAACAGGAAGAUCUUUGUCCUUGUGUGUGUGAGCGAGCGUUGUGUAACAUGUGAAGUCUGUGUUUCACAUUGACGCACGUACACACACUUCGUGUAUGUAUGUGCGCACGUGCACACACUUUGUGUAUGUACGUGCGCACGUGCACACACUUCGUGUAUGUACGUGCGCACGUGCACGAGUUUGAAUGAGGGGUCCGCACGAAUGCGUGCGCGUGCGUGCGUGCGCGCGCGCCACAGAAACUGCCUGAUAAGGCUUGAAGCCAGGGGCUUGGCAAGUAUGCAAAAACAGCACCAAGUACAAGAAAACGUUAAUUCUGUUUAUUGUUCUUUAGUAUCGAUGCAGUUUGUGUUGGGUUUUCUUUUUGAAGGAUGAAAAACAAUUCUCUCCGUAAAGAAUCUCUUCGCUUGUCCCUCCAGUUUGGAAUCUCGUUAAUUCACUCGAUAUCGCCUAACUCGGGACUUUUGUUACUGCUCUUGCAAAAAAAUCACUUGCGAUUCUUUUUUCUCCCUGGCCGAUUUUUUUAAUUUAAUGUUCCGUUAUUUUCAAUUCGUUGUGGCUUCCCACUUGACAAAUGAUGAGUUUGUGCAGUGCGGUUAAGUUCCCUCGUGUUGUGCGAUGAUGCAUAAUGCUUCAAAUGUAUGCGUUUUUAUUUUUUGUAAAUAUUUCUUUGCUGAUUUCUUAGGUCAUUCGAGAGUAAAUUAUACUGUCAUCAGGGA